ACGAAGUCCCGGAGUUCACCGAGGAGCCCGGCUCGGUGGUGCAGAAGUUGGGAGGCAGCGUGAGCCUGCGCUGCGCCGCCCGUCCCGCCUCCGCCGCCAUCAGCUGGCGCCUGAACGGCCGGCAACUCAUGGACGGAGACCUCGGGGUGGCGCUGGGGCCCGCAGGCUUGUUCAUCAGCACGCUGUCCAACGUGACGUUAGGCCGCUACCAGUGUGUGGCCACCACCGGGGUUGGGGCCCUGGCCAGUGUGCCCGCUGACGUCACCGCAGCUAGUGAGUAGCCACCCAUGCAGCCACACAUA